AUAUCUUCUCCACGCUGCGACUCCUCGAAUCUUACGUCUGCGGUACAGUGGGGCUAGCGCCAUCUCGGUCGCUCCUGCCGGCAAACCUCACUGGUUCUUGCCGUGAACCUUCCGUCAUCUCCUCAACACGGCACACUGCAAAACACUGACCACCGCCCGUUUAUUCCAGGCUAAGAGGGCGCCUUACACUGUCACUGACACUUGAAUUGCACGCUCUGGCGCGCCACACGCCUCGCGCGCUCCUGUGCCCGGACCGUCUCACCAUGAAUGUCCGUCCACGUGCCCUCGGAAGAUUGCAGCCUUCUGGAAGCUCAGCGAAGGUGCACAGCAUGGCUUUGCAGGACACAGCCAUCGCGUCACGAAACCAUUGUCGUUCAACUUGCCCACUUUCGUGCGAUCACAGCCCAGACGAGUGCGUCAUUCGGCACGGAUGGCGAUCAUCAAGUGGCCCUGGCUGCCGCAUCAACCUCCACCACCGCGCUUCGUGAAAUGAUCAAGGACCAUGGCGAACAUGCUUCGAGAAGGUUUCACUUUGUUCGACAAACGCUUGACUCGUUCCCAGCUGCAACCACCAGGGAAAGUCUCGGGCAAGUGCCGUGGUGCACCGUUUGCGCGUCUCGCGGGACACGCGACAAGGAGGUCAAACAAGGAGCUCCCAUCACCAACGGAGAUCCAAACGGCAGCCUUCUUUCUAGCGUAAAUCUCCUCAUAUAUGCCUUCAGCUACGUAACGUUUUUCUGCGACAUGAUCCGGAGCGACCGAGACGCAAAUGCGAGCGGACAUAGCACAGACGUUCAGGUUAAAAGAUCAUUGGCCGCCCUAUGACCACGUCUAAAAUAGAACAUCUUGAAACGAGUCAGGGAGGAUCUUCACACCUCUUCGCUCACUAUCUUCCGGCCAUCCCAUCACUUUGGUUCCAUGUGCCACCGGCAAUAAUGACUGGAGUGACUUUCUGUCGCUGUUACAGGACUUGCAAUGCAAAUCUUGACCGUCUUAAGGCACUUGUCGAAAAGCAGUCAUAAACGCGAGUCCGAGUCCGAGCGCAAACACAAGCAAAUCAACAAUAUCUCAAAGAUCGCAUCAAUACUAAGUGCUGGUGGUGGCGCAGCCAUUCAUGCAAUGAAUAUUCUCUUCAUCUUAGUUAGACAGCUGUCAG